AUGGCAAAGAACAUCGACUCUUUCGAGCAACUUACGACCCGAAUCGGACGUCUGCGGAUGAGAAGAUGUGGUCCAACACCAGCUUUGACUAUCUUCGUCGCUUACGCUCCAACAUCAAGCUACGAUGAAGAAGAAGUCGAAGCUUUGUCGGGAACCACGAAGCCGUCCUCUCUACGCUGGACGUGGGAGUCACCCGGUGGAGGGUACCGUAAUGAAAUAGACCACAUCAUCGUCAAUAAAAGGUUCUGCCUGACGGAUGUCGCUGUUGUACCAAAGUUCUAUACGGGAUCGGACCAUCGCCUCCUCCGAGGAAGAUUUUCCUUCACAAGGAGAGCAGAGAAAGCCGCCAAGUUCAGAGGGAGAAAUCCCAGGACUAUCAUCAACUGGGAUCUCUUCGCUACGCUAGCCGGCUUUUGGGAAGAUUCCGCAAUCGACAACAUCGACGAGGAAUAUGACCGGCUCGUUGAACACCUUCACGACUGCACGAAGACGGCUAAGAGUUUUAAAACCACCAAGAGACGCCUGCCUCUUAAAACUCUUAAGCUGAUACGCCAGCGUGGAGCAGCACGAGCCGCAGGGAACCAAGAACUCACGUCCGUGCUCGCGAGGCUUUGCAAAAAAAGGCGAUAA